GUGCUCCCACACCUUGUGAAAGCAUCUCGCUUCUAUCAACCCUGUUUCGAAGUCGAAAAACAACAGCUGUCAAUUUGCUAUUGACAGUUUGCAAAAACAUAAAUAUCAAAACAUUACCCAGGAAACAGUUUACAGACCAAACUCAACCCACCAUGAAGCGGCAGUCGAGGAAUGUGCUGCUCGAUAGAUUGCAUCGCGGUGUCGUGUACACCUGCAUGGGACUUACGCUGUACGGGUCCUACAUGCUCGGGGUCCGUGUUUACCGGUAUUUCACCGUAAUAAAGCCAGCCCGGCAAGCGGAAGAGCUGAAAAUGUUGGAAGCUGGAGCGGCCAAACAGGCCCCAUCCUUGGACACUGCACCGACACUUACCUCGUAAAUCUUCGAUUGCCCUUGCGGGUGGCUAGGCAUCAAAGGGUCGCUUUACUGCGUUGCUGGGUAGCUGAUAUAUAGACGGUAGAGAGCAUUUGUUUUCCAUCAAUAAAUUAUGUAAUUAAUCAAGUUUGUAGUUUGCGGAUUGUAAAUUCGGAUUUCUGAAGCUCGUAAAUCCUCUACACUUUCGCUUUGUUCCGUAGAAUAAAAUACACAAGAGUAACACCGAUCGGUUUAGCUGUAUAAAAAUGUGUGUUUUUCUUUAUUUUAAUAUUUAUUUUUCCGUUAAAUAUAAUUAUUCCUUCCCUUCGCGAAACAUGCUUUGUUAUCAACAUAAGUGUGUGUGUAUGCGUUUUGUUUAAAUAAGAGAAAGAAUCGAGGGUACAGAAAGGGUAAUCGGCCCUGCACUUCGGUACCAGUGUCGAAGCAGCAGUAGCAACAGCAGCAGCAGACGCAUUUGAAAUCAUAAUGUUUUGCAGUCCAAUCGCUUGCCCAAAUACUACACUCUAGAAAGGAACGCAAGUCAAAAACAGUGCUCCACUGGUUGGGUGCGCGGCGGAACAACACAUACACACACGCAAAUUACUAACAAGUGUGUCGUGACUGCUGUUUCGCACGACUUCAGCACAAUGCAGCUAGGCUUGCAGGGACAGUUUUGUUGCUGCAGCUGCUGUUUCAAAAAGCUACAAUCGUUUGACCAAAGACCGAAAUGUGUGUUGCCCUAACGCUCAUUCGUCUUGUACAGUAUAAUAGAUUUAUUACAAUUUUAUUUCCUGGAUAAUACAAACGUUUUCUUGCUUUGUUUCGUUUCUACAUCUCCUAUUGCGCCUGUUCGUGUUCUCCAUAGGUUAAAAAAGAAACUCAUUUCUUUUCGUUUAAUGCUUCACCACGCGCUUCACUGCUUUAUGGUGCAAAGAAAAAAAAAUAGCUUUGCCUAGGCUUUUGACCUUUUUCGACUGAAAUUUGCCUACACAAACCGAGCAUAAAUAUCCCGGGGAGACAGAAAUAGUGUAGUAGGUAGCCUCUGCUCCAAUUACGCAUCCUUUAAGGCAUUAAAUAUGACCGGUACGAGAGAACGCGUAUAUAAUACGGUGUAGCGGUGUAGCGGAGCAUUACAAUCUCAAUUCGCAAACAUUUCACUCAAAACUGCUGCAAGGAUUUCGUUUCCUUUUAUACAAAACCGGGGUUGUUGUGGUGCGGGCCAUCAGCAACAGCAAGCGCCUAUGAUGUCCUUUUACGUGCAGUUUAACAUCGGUUAAAUAUUUGGGAGAGGAAAAAAGCACACAAUCGAUUGACACCUAUAAAAGGAGCGUCUAACUCUCUAAAUCAGUGCUGCCCCCCUUCUCUUGUAUACCUCCAGUAACUCCCACCGCCACCCUUUGCGAAUAACGUGUCCUUGGGUAGGGUUGUAAAAAAGCUGUUGUAUAAGGUUUAGGAAAUCGUUUUUUCACCGGUUCUCAUAUACUGCCGGUGCCACUCUUACGGUCGGAAUUCGCUUCACAAAAUUACAAGCGAAGGAAACCAAAAACAGAAAGGGAUGGUACAGUCGCUUUAUGAACAACGUGACCGAACCACCCCACAAACAAUCCACCCCAUCAACUGGUGGUGGGUUGAACGUUUCCUGCUGCUACUUAUCUAUAUUGAUGUUGGUUUGUUUGUUGUGUAUUCUUGUUAGUUAGCUUUGUUAGUUUACGGUUCUGGGUGUCCAUUUUGCUGCACCGGUACCGGAGUACGCAAAACUUAGGAUUUAUGCGUUUAAUGUGUAUCGCGCGCGCGCACGAUCUUUACAUACAUAUAGUUUUUUUUUUUGUUGCUUUGCUUGCUCGCUUUUUUGUCUUUCCCUCCCUAUCGUAUAGGUAUAAUAUAUGUUGGCCUUUUUUUAUAUCUCAAUCUCAAACUUGCUAGCUCCUAACGCUUGCCCGCGCAAACACGUACCGUCGCGCGCAUACACAAUACAACUCCGCCCGUGCUUUAGUCUCGCUCGUUUUGUUUGUU